AUGCCAAACUACAUCCUCACUGAACCCUCCCCCUCAACAAACGUCUUCGUACGUUCCGGUCGAGGCGGCUACGGAAACAUCUCCCGCUCCAAACAAACAUCCUCAUCAACAACCCGCACAGUCGUCACCCCCAGCACAACCAUCACUGCUCCCGCUCCCUCACGCCGCUUCUUCAGCGGCAUCGGCGGAGCAGGCAACGUCCACCGUGCCAGCGAACAGCCCUCUGUAUCUCUCGACGAUGAGUACGACCGCAUUGCCGCACGCGACCAAAUGGCCGCUGGCCACGUCGGUAUCGGCGGUGCAGGAAAUGUGUUUCAUCGCAAGGAGAGCGAUUCUGGAUCCGAUUCUAGCUCUUUGAGCUCCAAGACCAAGCUGUGGGCUCGUGUGAGCAGCACUUUCAGCAGGGACUGA